CCGGGCUGGGGCGGGCUGUCUGGGUCCGGGUCACCGCGGCGGGGUUCCCCGCCCUCUCAGGCGCAGGCGGCCCGCCCAGGGCACGCUCGUGAGCCUCGCGGGGACACGGUGGCCAGCCGCGGGAGACGGCGCCACUCGGAGCCUCCGCCGCCGCCGCCCGGCCAGCCGAGAGCCGGCCGCCAUGCCCCGGGUGCUGGUGGUGGGCGCCGGGCUGACCGGAAGCCUGUGCGCCUCGCUGCUGAGGAAGGCCAUCGCGGGUCCCCUGUACCUGGCCCUGUGGGACCAGGCUGGGCAGGCAGGGGGAAGAAUGAUUACUGCCAAAAGUCCUCAUAAUCCCCGAUGCACAGCUGACUUGGGAGCUCAGUACAUCACCUGCACUCCUCAUUAUGCCAAAAAGCAUCAAGAAUUUUAUGAGGAGCUGUUAGCUCAUGGGAUUUUGGAGCCUCUGACCUCUCCUAUUGAAGGAAUGAAUGUGAAAGGAGGAGAUUGCAACUUUGUGGCCCCUCAAGGAAUUUCUUCAAUUAUUCAGCACUACUUGAAAGAAUCAGGUGCAGAAGUCUUCUUCAAACAGCGUGUGACCCAGAUCAACCUGAGAAGUAACAAGUGGGAAGUCUCCAAGGAGACGGGCUCCCCUGAGCAGUUUGACCUUGUUGUCCUCACCAUGCCAGCUCCUCAGAUUCUGGAACUUCAAGGUGACAUUGUGAACUUAAUUAGUGAAUGCCAAAGGCAGCAACUGGCAUCAGUGAGCUACUCCUCUCGCUAUGCUCUGGGCCUCUUUUAUGAAGCAGGCAUGGAGAUUGAUGUCCCUUGGGCUGGCCAGUACAUCACCAGUAAUCCUUGCAUACGCUUCAUCUCCAUUGAUAAUAAGAAGCGCAAUAUAGAGUCAUCAGAAUUUGGUCCGUCCCUGGUGAUCCACACCACUGUCCCAUUUGGAGUUACGCACUUGGAGCACGAUGAGGAGGAGGUGCAGGAGUUAAUCAGCCAGCAACUGGAAACCAUUCUGCCGGGUUUGCCUCAGCCAGUUGCUACCAAAUGCCAGAAGUGGAGGUAUUCACAGGUAACAAACUCAGCUGUCAACUGUCCCGGCCAGAUGACUCUUCACCUCAACCCUUCCCUGGUGUGUGGAGGGGAUGGAUUUACUCAGUCCAACUUCGAUGGCUGCAUCGCCUCUGCCCUGAGUGUCAUGGAAGCGUUAAAGAAUCAUAUUUAGUAUCUAUGUUCUUGUUUUCUACAUUGACUUUGGGAUUCUUGUUUUCACAGACCUCUGUUAUUAAUUAUUCUGUUUUCCAUUUUAUGAAGAGGAAUUACUUGGAAAAAUGUCUCCACUUAACUGUCAUUUUUCAUAUGAAAUAUAAAAACAAUGUUAUAAUUUUGAUAGCUACCACCCAUAGUAAAAUGAUAAUUUCUUAGACUUUACUCCUUCCCUGUUUUUCUGAUUUUCCAAGACCAAUCCUUGUUGGAGUAAAAUGGUGCUUAUUAUGAACAAAUAACCCAUGCCCAGAAUUAUAUUAAAUCAAAGUUCCCAUCCACAGGCCCAAACCUUUAUCAUCCUUUUGAAAAUUUCAGUCUGAAUAAAGAACAAUCAGUACCAUGUCUCUUUUUAUAACUUCACACAUAUUUUUGAAUUGACAUUUUUGCAAAUUAUUAAAAUGCAGAGUUUCUCUUAA